AUGGCUUCCUGUGAUACACGAGAGUAUGAUGAUCUCGAUGAACUCGACAUUGCGUUUGAUGCCAUUGUUUUGGCUGGAGAACGCUUCUAUGAUGAAGGCUACAGUGAUGGGUAUACAGCCGGAAAACAAAAAGGUUUACAAGAGGGAGAAAAUCUAGGAAAAAAUAAAGGAAAUGAAAUUGGUUCUGAAGUUGGAUUUUAUAUGGGAUUUAUUUCAACAUGGAAAAAGUUACUUGAAAAAGAGUCUGAUAAGAAUCCAAGAAUAUUAAAAGCAGUAGAAUCUCUACAGGAAAUGCUGCACAAAUUUGACGUGCAUAAUGUUCAUGGUGAAAAUUUCUUCAGUGAUUUGAAUAAAAUUAGAGCAAAAUUUAAACAGGUCUGCUCUUUACUCAAUGUAACAUUAGAAUUUAGCGAUGAGAAGAAAUCUGUUUUAUCAUUUUAAUGUAAAUAAUAUGCAAAUGAACUGUGAUGUUGAUGUGUGACAAGUAAGGGUUAUUGGUCGAUGUUGACCUUGUACAUCUUUGGUGAAACAGUAGUUGUAUCAUACCAUACUCUUUGUGAAAAGAGUCCUAAGCUCUGAAAACAGAGGGUGAACACUUGGUCUGGCACUCCCUUCCAAAAAUUAUUUAAAUGA